CAUGCUUAUGAAGAUGAACCUGAAAUUAUUUACAGUAAACUCCUGAUGAAGCAUAUGUUUAUUGUGAAGUUAGAAUACUUUCUCGAGGAUUAUUGUCUUAAAAAGACUGUUACUGCAGAGCACCCCUACAGUUACUGUUUAUAGACAAUAUGCAGUGUACACGCGUUUUAUGGGUUGCAUAUACGCAAAAUUAACCUACAAAUAGAGGUUAAGACAUCAUAGAAUCAAAUAACCAAAAUUAGUUAAUUUUUAAUUAAAAUGCAUAUAUUUUAAUAUUAUAAUUGUAUUUAAACUGGCUAAUAUUUACUACAAUUAUGGGAAAAUCAAAAUGUAGAGAAUUUGAUCAUCUCACAGUAGAAGAGAAGAAAGUUAUUUCUGUUGCCGAGAUAGUGCAGUUACUGAUUAAAGCACAUGAAGAAAAGAAGGACGUUAAUUUAAAUUCAUUAAAAACACGAAUAGCAUCAAAAUAUGGUUUGCAAAAUUCACAUCGACUUGUUGAUAUUAUAGCAGCUGUCCCUAGUAACUAUAAGAAAGUCUUGGUUCCAAAGUUAUUAGCAAAACCUAUUAGAACAGCAAGUGGAAUAGCUGUUGUAGCAGUCAUGUGUAAACCACAUCGUUGUCCUCACAUUAAUAUGACUGGAAAUAUUUGUGUAUAUUGUCCAGGAGGACCAGAUUCUGAUUUUGAAUAUUCAACACAAAGUUAUACAGGGUAUGAACCAACUUCAAUGAGAGCAAUUAGGGCUAGAUAUGAUCCAUAUCUUCAAACAAGACAUAGGGUGGAUCAGCUAAAGCAAUUGGGCCAUAGUGUAGAUAAAGUUGAGUUUAUUAUAAUGGGAGGGACAUUUAUGAGCCUUUCUGAAGAUUACCGUGAUUAUUUUAUUAAAAAUUUGCAUGAUGCGCUUUCUGGUCAUAAAAGUGAAAACGUUGAAGAAUCUGUUAAAUACUCUGAGCGAUCUAAUGUUAAAUGCAUUGGUAUUACCAUUGAGACACGGCCUGACUACUGUACUCCUAAACAUUUAACAGAUAUGCUUGAUUAUGGAUGUACAAGAUUAGAAAUUGGUCUUCAGUCUGUUUAUGAAGAUGUAGCCAGAGAUACGAAUCGGGGGCACACUGUUAAGUCAGUUAUUGACACCUUUAAAUUUUCAAAAGAUUGCGGUUUUAAAGUAGUAACCCAUAUGAUGCCAAAUCUCCCAAAUGUUGACAUAGAAAGAGACAUUGAACAGUUUGUUGAACUUUUUGAAAAUCCAAAUUUUCGACCUGAUGGAAUGAAAAUCUAUCCUACCCUAGUUAUACGCGGUACCGGUUUGUACGAAUUGUGGAAGACCGGUCGUUACAAAAGCUACCCUCCCUCAGUAUUAGUAGACUUGAUUGCAAAAAUUCUUUCUUUAAUACCUCCUUGGUGUAGGGUUUAUCGAGUCCAACGUGAUAUACCUAUGCCCUUAGUAAGCUCGGGAGUCGAACAUGGAAACUUAAGGGAGCUGGCACUUGCAAGAAUGAAAGAUUUGGGGCUUAAAUGUAGAGAUGUAAGAACAAGAGAAGUUGGAAUUGCUGAAAUUCACUCAAAAGUAAGGCCUAAUCAUAUUGAGUAUGUAAGAAGAGAUUAUAGUGCAAAUGGUGGAUGGGAGAGUUUUUUAAGCUAUGAAGAUCCUGAGCUGGAUAUACUUGUGGGCUUAUUGAGAUUAAGAAAGUGUGCUCCUGAAACCACCUUUCGAGCUGAGCUUAAAGGGAACUGCUCCAUAAUUAGAGAAUUACAUGUUUAUGGUAGUGUAGUUGCUGUUCACGAACGAGAUCCACAAAAAUUUCAGCACCAAGGCUACGGAGCCCUCUUAAUGGAACAGGCAGAACGGAUUGCAAUUAAAGAACACAGAUCUACAAAAAUUGCUGUCAUCUCAGGUGUGGGAACGCGAAAUUACUACAGAAAAUUUGGAUAUGAACUUGAAGGCCCAUAUAUGGUAAAAAGUUUAGUAAAUAAUUACAAGAGUGCCCUCGAUCUUUACGAAGGAAAGUUUAAAUAUAAGAAGUCUGGCCUUAUUAUAUCUGAAGAAUUAGCGAAAGUGCGAGAUCUCGAAACUGAUGAAAUGUUUCUCCAAACCUUUCGGGAAAAAUACAAAGCACUUGGCAAGUAAGAUUUA